GGAGAGGGCCCAGGGCUCACGCUCACACACAUGCAAGUUGUGAGUCGGAAUCUGGAUGUUUUGUGAUCUGAUCGCAAAUUCGCACGCGUUGUCAAACAAACUCGCUGCCAAAUUGUUCGCUCCGCGAGGUGUAUUUAAUGUAUUUGUGACGGCGCCUAGUGCAAUACAUUUCGGCCGUUGUUUAUAGUCAGCAUUGGAGCGGAAAAACCAAAGCAAUGUUUUGACUCGCUGCCGCCUGCUCUUCGCAUCGUUCGGGCGUGUGUGCCUGUGUGGCGCUGUGAAUAGGCGCUAAACCCCCACCAGCCAUCGCUGUCGCUGCGUGCAUUUACAGUUUCUGUGAUACUUCGGGGUCUGUUUGCAAAAGUGCGUAAUAUAAUGGUUAAUAAUUUGAAUGCAUGACUAACGAACUGCCUCCAAUCAUACUGAAGGGCAAAGAACUGAUCAAAUACCGUCACCUCAAGCGCAAAUAUCCCGUGUCCCAGGCUUUUCUUCACCGUAACUGGUGGAAUGCCAAGCGCUUCAUUACCUACGCGCUCAGAGCCCACUGCGUCCUCAGGACCUAUGCCUGGCGACGGAGGCGCAGUCACCGUGUUCGCCUUGUGCGACGUGUCCGCAUUCUGCUCUUCGAUCCCCGUCUGAAGGGGAUGAUCAAGCGGCGUCUACAGAACGUGCGCCAGUGGUCUAGCAGUCUGGUCGGUCACUACAAAAAGAUGGGCCGGAUCGAGGAGUACGAGGAGAUGGAGCUAUACAGUGUGCCUGAGCCGCUAGCUGCCGAGGAGGUUACCAAGCAGAUGAAGGAGCAACUGGAACUGCUCAAAAGCGGCAAGCGGGGGCUGUCACUAAUGGAGGACACCAAUCGUAAUGUGGAGGUCCUGUCUGAAAAGCCAGCCGAGUCAGACUCUGAGGGCGACCUAGAAAGGGAAUCAGAAACUACUGAACCCAUAGCGGAAAAGACAGACGAGGCAGACACCGUCGAGGAGGAAUCAAAUGCCCCUGAACCCAUGGAGACAGACAUUGCCAAAUCAAAGGAGGCGGAUGAAAGGACGCCCAAGAAGUCGUCUGCUCAAACCACUACCCAGGAUGAAGCACCCACCCCGCCCACACCCAGCAAGGAGCAGAGCAACCAGACCAGCACAUGCUCCAGUGCCGAGAGGCAGGAAAAAUCGGAGAAAGCCGGUGGCAGCAAAUUCCUGGACAUGCUCAUCAGCAAGGUGCGCGUGAAGACCUUUGCACGCGAGGAUAACAUACCAUCCGAGACCAGCGGAACGGCCCUGCCCGUCGUCUUCGAGGACGAUGGCAGCGAGGAUUUUGUGGGCUUCGACGAGAGCGUCCAUCAGCCUGGAAUGCUGCUAACACCGCUGGUGCCGCAGAACUGCAAGACACUGGAUAGAAAUUCUGCCUUUGUUAGCGACACCUUGGACGCCUACAUGCGGGAACACUACAGCAAUGAUUCAGGGCAGGAGGAGAAGGACAAACUGCUGGAACCGAUGGGCCAUGACGGGCAGGUGACGUCGCAUAGCAUGCCGCCACCGAUGGACAUGCCCGCCGUUCCGGAAGCUCUCCAACGUCUGCGCACAGUGGCCGAACGGCGACAGUACCUCCAGCGCUGCAAGAACCAGAAGAUGGCCAUCAUUAACAACGAGGCCAACAUAUACCGGGAACUGCAGCGCAAGCAGCGGCAGCGGAAGGUGAAGAUUGGCGCCAUGCAGGCGCUGCAAGCGCCCGACUCCCAGAUGCCCUUCACCCGGCAGGGCUGGCAGGCGGCUAGUUAUGUGGCCACCGAGAAUUCCAAGUACUACUAUCAGGUGAUGCAGGUGGACGGUGCGAUGGUGCGCCUACCCGGUGCGCGAGGCAAUAAUCUGCAGCGCGAGAAGAAUCCCUACUUGAGCCAUCUAACACGCAGAGAGUUGGCCAGCCUAAAGUGCAGCGACCAGUGUAUGGAUGCUCGCAUCCAAGAAGAGUUGACGGUGAUUCCAACCGAAGCGGCCUUGCCGAGGAACCCCAAGAUUCUUAAUCAGUUUCCCCUACCCGCCAUUUUUCGACCUUGCCCGCUAUCCAAAAAACCGCUUCAGAGGCCGCUGGACGACGACACGGCCGCGUUGCUGCUCGCCGGCGGCAGCAUGGCAGUUGUAAGUAUGCCGAACGUACAGCUAGACGUGAUGCCGGAGGUGGGUCGGCCUCUAGACGAGAUCGCCAAGCGAUAUCUGCAACACAUUCUGCCCCAUCAUGACAUCACACGGGAAUGGGCCGAGUUCAGUGUGUCCACGCUGCAACAGCCGCCCGUCUGCAUGAAGGAUGCGGAGGAACAGGCUUCCCAGACGCCAGCCGGUCGUCGGAAGAGCUUCACGUUCGUAAUUCCCUACCUGAACGACCGGAAUCACAUACUGGUGCGGCGGGUGGUGGAUCGAUCGGAAGAGCUAGACGCCAGUUUCAACGAGAUACCCGAGAAACUACAGGAAUUCACUUUCCGGUCGAAGCUGCCGCUUGAACCAGAUUCCGAGCUCCUGGCCUGUGCCGAUAUGAUCAACGAUAUGAUCAACACGGUGGCCAUUAGCUGCAGCGAGAAUAGCUUUAUAAGCGAGGAUCCCGAUGCGGCGACUGAGAGUUCCAACCGGGAACGUUCGUCUGAGCUGGGUCUUACGAAGGAUGAAGGUGGCAAGGAGUCUGAGAAGCUGGCCGGCGGCAAGACGAAGCGACUGCCCAACAAGCAAAAGCGUCUGGCCAACGAGCUGCGUCGGUUAAAUGCCACCAUUAUAGACGCCGCUGCCAGGAAUGCUGAUGCCAACAAGCCCUGCAUUAAGGAUCAUUGCCAGCUGGGCUGCCUCUGCGCCAGCCUGGCAGGCACAGAGUUACCUCUGAGGGAUCAUUGCGGCAGGCCCGAAUGCGUCUUAGAGUGCCGUUGCCUGGGUGCGGAUCAAGCUCGUGUUAUGCGCGUGGAGGCGGCUGAUGGUCUCGGAAUCUCAAAUGAUGAGGCCUUUAAUUUGCGCCGAAAGGCCACGGCCCGUCUGGCGAAAAUGGAGAAGGACUUCACCUCCACCUUGGUGCUCUGCGAUAAUGAGACGCUGCUGAUCAAUGAUUCGCAAGGCGACAAAAAGCGCCGCUGCACCAAGGCCCCCAAGCGCUAUGAGGAUUUCGAUGACACCGAUAUGUUUGAAGAGCAGGAAAUCGAGGUUGUGUCGCCCACUUCGAAGAAGCAAAAGAAGUUGGCCGCUGCUGCCGCGGCAGCUGCUGCUACAGCUGCUGCUGCUGCCGCUGCCGCUGCGAAUGCCAAGAUAAAGUCUCCUAUUCUCAAGGAACGUUGCACUGUCAAGGAUACGGAUCUGGCCCAGCUGAAGCAUUGCUCUGUGGGUCUGCGCCGGCUGACAGACAUCGACAACCUGGCCACCUUCUGCAUGACCCACCAGCUGUACAACUGCUUCUGCGGCGGUGACUCGACCGAGGGCAAGCCCGUGGUUAUCGAGAAGGAGCAGUGGAACACAACGGUGGCCCACUUCAAUCCAGAUCUGGCCGUCAGAGCGCACUAUAGCUUUGAGCGACAAACGGAGGAGUUGCCGGCGAAGAAAAAGGGUGGCAAGGAAAAGAAACUCAAGGGGAAGACUGAGCUGAAGCCCAAAAUCGAAUCGGAUUCGGAUAUUCCAAAGUCUGAAAAGAAGGAGCCCAAGACUGACACCAAGGAGGACCUUAAAUCGAGGGAAAAGGCUAACUUAUUCGGUGAUGAGUGCCCCAUUCAGCGUUCCAUUGAGCUGGACACGAUAUUUAGCUACUUUCGGUCGCGUCCUCACAUCUGCCGGCGAGCCAUAUCCGUGCCAAAGAACUCCUAUCAGCGUCUAAAUCAGCGCCGCGCGGAACGAGUGCGUCACUAUAUAGAGCGCCAGGAGACGCCCGAAACUAGGGAGCUGCUUAUGAGUCGCAUUUCGGGGGCCAUUACGCAUUACCGGAAGGAAAUUGACAGGCAAAGGAAGCGAGAGCUGGGACGGAAGCAGGUGGGCAUCAAUGUCCCACCCGUCAUCGAGGUGCGAGAUGAUUCCGAUGGUAGCGAGGUGAGCAGCCUACUGCUAAAGAGGAGCGCCGAAAAGUCAACCAAAGGCCAGAAGCCUAGCAAGCGCAUGAAGCUCCAGGUAGAGGAAUCGCCGGCGCCGGCGCCAGAACCCCAAAGCCCGCGAAAAUCGGACAUCCAGGUGCCCCGCAUAGCUGCCUGCUACUCGCUGAAUGCCGCUUCUGUGGAUGUCCUGGGUUCUGGAAUGACCAACAAUGCAUCCGCUGUGGCCAUGUCAGUUAAUAGCACCAACGAAACUGAUUCGCCCAAGUUCCGAUCCUUUUACAACGAGGUAGUGAAGAAUAUGAACACCCUGGUCAGUAAGAAGAUGCAGGACAUUGACCUGGCCCUGCAACGCGAAAGUAAAAUCAUUCCGGUCCCCAACGAGGAGAUCCUUUGCAUCAUCAAGUGGACCAACUUUCUGGCCGCCUUCGAGUCGGGCUUCGUUUACAUUUGGAUUGUGCAGAUGAAGACGCACAACUUUCUGGCGGCCACCAUCACCAAUCAGAUGCCCACGGUGUGCGGAGCCAUCGGUGUGGUGAACACCAGGUUUGCCACCGACCAGCGGUCAUUGCCGUUGAUGGCAUCGCUGCUGAUAGAGGGCAAGCGGAACGAGAAUACCAACCGACUGGCCGUGGUGAUGCAGGGUAGGAAGAGCUAUUGGCUCGUCAAGGGCUUCCUGCGGCUCAUGGAGGGUAAUGCGUGCACCAAGCCCACACCGCAGACACAUCCGUUGCUAACCAGGAAGAUCAAUGUGCUUUGCUCACUGCUCGUUAAGCAGCGCGUUCGGGAGCAUCAGAGGAAGGUGCAGCCGGGAGGCGGGGAAGCGUCGUCGUCCACAUGCACGUCUCCAGUGCCCGAGGCUCAGCGGCUGCCCAACAAGCGCAAGCUGAAGGCUGCUCCCGGAGGAGGUGCUUCAGAUGCAGAGCCGCAGAGGGCUGAAGCGACUUCAUCUUCAACUGCCGUUGCUUCCAGCCGGCCCACUCCUCCUCCUCCUGUUGCUCCACCAUCGGCCUCGAGAAAGACUAGCACCUUGGGCAUUAGCAACAUUGAGUUCCGGAAGGUCUCUCACAGCGAUGUGGACGAACUGCAGAUACCGGAGCUGCACGAUUACGACCAUCGCUGGGUGGUGCUCGACAUCUUUGAUGACUUCUCGCACAUCUUCGUUCCCGCCUGUGGGGACAUGAUCUCGUUGACCCGGAUCCACACCGUGAUGCGAAUGUCUGCUGAGUCACAAAAGGUGGUGCGACUGCAGUUCUUUCCCAAUGCACCCUACGACGCCUUCGUCACGCCCUCCUCCAAAAAGAAGAUCUAUUUUGGACCGCUGCACCUGGACAUGCCGCCGCCGGUGCUCCUGCUCCUGCAGAGUGUCGACAGGAAGAUGAUGACGCGUGAGGCAUACCAGAAGGAUCACGGCAUACCCGUCCAGCGCCAUCGCCGGAGUAUGGCCUUUUGGGUGCUGCACCUGAACGGGCAGGUGCACUUCGAGAUCGAAGAUGAAUCAACAACGGCUAAGUUGGAGGCGACACAGCCGAUCAAGAUACCCUCGCAUCUGUCUGUGGAAAUAUCCAGCAAAGUGGAAAAGCAGACGACAAACAGUUUUCCGCCAGUGGUGAUCAUCGACAGCGAUGAGGAGGAGGAAGAGGAGGAGGAGGACGACGAUGACCAGCUUGUGGCGGGCCAAUUGGUGGACGCCGAUGAGCAACCAACAGUUACCCAAAUUAAGCAGGAGCACCCGAGAAUGAACUUUACCAUACAGACAGUGCCCACCAGCGGAGCCCUGCAGAUCACAGCCGCCGAGGCUGUUGCUCCACCGCCCUCCAGCCCUCCAAAGGACGUGACCACCUGCCAGCUUUCUGGCGGUUUCAUGCCCUUCAUUUCCAAGGUGCCCGCCAAAGAGGGCGAGCCGUCUGCCAACACCACCACCACACAAUACCUGACGCCGCAAGUGCAGCUCACAAAGUCCUUGUUAAACGCCGCCACAUCCUCCAGCUCCGCGGCGCAUCCACCUGCUGCCAAGAUCAGUCGCCCAUCGGCUCCGCUCACCAAGAUCAACGAGUCACUACAGGAGCUGCUGAGCAGUGGUAAUACCGUGACACCAGGCGGAAUAACGAUCACAAAGUUGGAUAACUGCAGGGACACAAAAAUGGGGUGCCAGCAGAACAACGAGACCAUCGUCAAAAUUGGCAGCAAACGCACCAUGAGCGGAAUGGCCAAGCAGCCAGCAUCGAAAGCAAUGCCAUCGGUACUAAAAGGCGCCUCUGCAGGAACGUCUAUCCUCAGGAAGCCGGGGACAACAGCCACGGUCAAGGCCACUCCACCGGCUCAGCAAUCACGCCAGCAGCAGCAUCCUGGUGCCCAGCCCACUGCAGGCGUCAAGCUAUAUCCAAGACCAAGUGUUCAGGGCCAGCGUCAAUCAAUGCCGGCAAUUGCCAGUCCAAUUGUCAAAUCGGUGGGUCCGCGCCAAACCCUUCCUACCAAACCGAUGGCAGCCAGUUCGGUGGGUCAGCGAAAAUCCCUUCCCACUAAACCGAUGGCGGCCAGUUCAGUAUCGACACCAAAAUUGUCAGUGGCAGGAACCAUCGAACCAUCCUCACGGCUCUCGCUGCCCAACACCAAAUUGUUGACCACCGGAGAACGUCAGUCCUUGCCAGUAAAAGUUGCGAGCAAGCCGGCAGUUCGUCCGGAUCAGGCAUCACCAACUACUACCCAGAGGGCUAAGGGCACUGACUGCAGCUACGGAGUCAUAGGGGCCAAAGGAUUGCCGCGCUACCGGGUCAAGGUGAUAGGCUCUGACAUUAUAGUCAAGAUACCCGACCACGAGGUGGUGCAUUUCAAGUCAUUUAUGGCCGCCAGCGGAUUUCUCAAUAGCCACCUGGCGAAUAUACCCGAGUUCAAGGCACUGUUGCCGGCCGAUUGGAAGUUUCUGCCGCUGAAACCAACGGCCAAGCCACAGCAACAACAGCAGGUGUCUGUGGUGAAGCAGCCGGCGACAGAGUCUCAUGUGCCAUCUAAAAAUCAGCAUAACCCAGCCUCCAUUAUAAUCGAAGAUUGAGGCGAACAAGGAGGCGCUGUCCAUCAUCACGCAAAUCACCUAGUUUUUAAGCAACACACACACACAGAUGCACUCCCGUUAUCCGGAUACAUAUUAUAAAUAUGUAAGCUGUUUUAGUUUAAAGAUCUACGCUAGAUCCCAUCCAAUGCUCUUUUUCGAUUUCUGUUUAUCAUUAUGGAUAUUUUAAAUAUACACACAACUAUGUUAUAAAAUUAUUAUUAUUUACAGCAGCUCAAUUUAAAAGUUAAGAGAUAUGUAAUGAGAUUUUUUUUUAAAUAAAACCUUUCUCAGUUAAAAAUGUUUACAUCUUUUUAGGGCUUACAAAGGUUGUAGAAAGAGUUUAUACCAA